GCACUCCCCGCCGUUUCUUCCCUCCAAACUCCAAAUUCCACGAGCAUUUACAUCCAACAAAGAAGAAGCACAAAAUAUUAAAAAAAAAGAAAAGGAGAAAAAGGAAAAGGAAUGGGGUUCUUCGACCUGAACAUUCCAUACCACGAGUCCGACCGCCAUGUGACCAAAACAACCACCUACAAAUCAAACCGCCUCAAGCUCGUCAUCAAAGCCGCCGAGCUAGGCUACACCGGAGUUGCUUACAACCGUGUAAUUAAAGGCGUUAUGUCCGAAUCGGACCGUUGCUCCACCUCAUUAUUCCCCCUCUCUUCUCUCCUCAAACACGCCCCUUCUUUUUCUAGCUCCGUUAAGUUCCACCGUGACCUCUUAAACGUCCCCGUUUCCACCCCUUUCCGUCAGUACUCCCGAUUAACUGUCGUUAUUGAUUGCCCGGCUCAAGCUGCCGCUCUUAAUUCGGGUAAUCCUGUUAUUAAAAGCUACGAUAUAGUCGCUGUAAGGCCCAUAAAUCAGAAUGCUUUCGAGCAGGCUUGCCAAACCUCUGAGGUUGAUAUAAUUGCUAUUGAUUUGUCAGAGAAGUUGCCAUUUCGGCUCAAGCAAUCGAUGGUGAAAGCUGCCGUUAAGCGUGGGGUGUAUUUUGAGAUCAGUUAUUCGAGUCUCAUUGUAGAUGCUCAAGUGAGGAGGCAAACAAUAUCUAAUUGCAAGCUACUGGUGGAUUGGACUCGAGGGAAGAAUCUUAUCAUCUCAAGUGCUGCUGCUUCUGUGUCUGAACUUAGGGGGCCUUAUGAUGUUGCAAAUUUGUUUUCACUGAUUGGGCUGCCAUUUGAACAUGCUAAGGCUGCUGUUUCCAAGAAUUGUAGAUCUGUCAUAGUCAAUGCAUUGAGGAAAAAGCAUUACUAUAAGGACGCAAUAAAAGUAGAAGUAAUGCCUUCUAGUGGAAAAGUUAAUCCCGAGGAAAGUGUAUUUAGUGACUGGCUUAGGUGGGAUCCCAUUUCGAGUGGCGAAGGUGACUUGCUAUUAGAUGACAUUGAGAAGUCUUUCUCAGCUUCUGGUAGUGUACAUAAUACUGUGAAAACUGUUGGAUUUGCCUCAGCUUUAAAUAGCCUCCCUUCUCAUGGUUUGCAGAUUAAGGAGAUUUUAUCCGCUGUAGAGUCUGCAUCCGAGGCACUGGAUAUUGGUAAAAACCUGUCUGGUGCUGAUGAGUCUAAGUUAACUGUUUCAGUAUCUGGGAUAUCUGAAGAGUUGUCAAGGACUAAUCUUCUGCCUGAAGAAAUUCAGACUUCUGAGAAUGAUAGGCAUCAGAGCCCCAGACAUCAAGAUUCUGAAAUGCGAACUCUGCCUAAUGGAUCUGUAAAUAAUUCUCCUCUAGCGGAAAAAGAGAUUAACCAUGUGGUUGCCACAAUGGAAUUGAAAACUGUAAAGGACUUGGAUGCAGACUUACCUGCUUCUGAUAGAGAAUUGCAUAAUUUGCAUUCACAAAGUUGCCUAGAUAGUUAUGAACAGGUCCCUCUAGCAGAUCAUAUGACAAACCGCUAUAGUGCAGAUGAUGCUGACACAGCUCAUACCUGUCAUGAUAUUGCCAAUGCGGAAAUUCUUUUUCAUUCAAAAGAUGUUUUAUCCACUUUCCAUGGUGAAGAAGCUAAGAUGCCUAUCAGUUCCACCAAAGGUUUGUAUGCAGAAAGUGGAUCAGUUGUGGACAAGAUUGAGAUGGAUCGGGAAAACAAGAAAAUACCAGCUUUUGCAGUGUCUGAUACACAUUCAAAUGAAGAGUUUAGGGAAAAUAAACAAUUUCAGGAAAAGUUAGAGAAUUUAGCUGCCUUUGCUAUUGAAAUUCCUAAUGAGGAGUCUCAUGAUCCGGCAAAAAAGGCAAAUGGGUCUCUGGUUUCAGAAGUCGAACCCAUUGAAGAAGACAUGGCUUCUGAACUGAUGCAGGAAGACGAAAAGGAAGAACGAAGGAAAUUGAAGGGUGAAGUUGCAAUGCAUUGCCCAUUCCUUAGCAAAUCUGUGUCAGGAAGAGGCAGAGGAAAACGAAGGUCAGUUCACCAGAAGAUUCCUUUUAAUCUCAAACAUAUCUUGAAUUCAAGGCCUUUCAAGAGGAAGGCUCGCAAGUUAAAUACAACCUAAGUAGGAGUUUUUGAUCUUGUUUAAUGAAUGUUUAUUGUGGCUGCAAUUGUCAUGGUUGGAGGUAAAAUUAUCUCUAUACUCAUUUCCCUGAAGGAUAGCAACAUUGAUACUUCAUAUUCAUUAGCUGAAAAAUGCAAGGAUGGACUGUCGAUAUUGCCGCUUUCCGUAAUUAUUUUGUGCAUGUAAGUUUUGUUUAUUUGUUAGAAUCA